AUGGACCAUAGCGAGGGUGAAACCCCUCCUCCAGUUUUGCCCACGACGAACUUCUCUUAUUCUCAUACUACAACCGAGACCGAGCCCUACGUAGCCACGGAUGCUGAAGACAUGCUAGACGUAGCAAUCUCAGUCUUGGACCCGCGCCUCGCCCAGCAAGCCUCAUCGUCACAGUCUACCCCGAGGUCUGCAGCCCGUUAUCAUCAGGUUCACCUAAGCUUCGCUAGUCCGCCACCAGACACGCGAAAGCGCGCACGAUGCGUACCGCCACCACCCACUGCUGAGGAGUUGGAGGCGCAAGACAACGCGAUCGCAAAGGAUGCAGAAGUACCCCCGGACACCGAGAUCCCUGAGGCGGAGAGGAGUCUUGCACGUCGCUUCAGCACGUCGUGGAAGCAGACGUACUCGUGGCUGAGCUUGAAGUACCACAAAUAUGAGCGCCAGUAUGUCGGUGCAAGGGAUUUUCAGAAGUCGGCGUGCCGCAACCAUAACCAGUCCAAGGUGCACCUGGCGGCCAUGGAAGCUGAACGACUCUCUGAAGGCACGGAGGUCGACAUUACAGAGGUGAAGAACCAUGUUGACAAGGUGAAGACCAAGCUGUCGCAGUACUACGUCGAGCCCGGCGCAUCCAACGGGCCGAACACCUCUCGCCUGAACAAGUUCCUUGCUGCACACGGCAGCAAGGACAAGCGCAAGAUGGAGCUCAAGGGAGUGGACGAGAAUGGCAAGCAUGCAAAAGCCGAGAUCGAGCUUCACGAGGACAUCAUCGACCCUGAAAACCCUGGGGGGGGAUGCGACUUGGAGGCCUGCGUGGACCUGGCGAGGCGUUUCGCUCAGCGCCUGAUUAAGGCGCUGGGGAAGAGGAUGGCGGAUCUGCGUCAUCUCGAUGGUGUUGGUUUUUUCUCCCCUGAUAAGUUUCCCGACCGUGCAGGAGAGCAGGACGCGAGGGUGAAGCUCCAUCUCUCCGAGCUCCUUGACAUGUCCAAGAACAAGCUACCUGGAGUCGCUCUUGCUAACAUAGAGCCGCAGAUGCGCCUCUUCACAGCCACCAUGGAGAAGAAGUUCAAGAAGCAGAGCUUCCAUCAGGCUCUCACCAACAUGCUGCGCACGGCAGACUAG